AUAGAAAGCGUGUGAAGGCAUCUGAGGAGUCCAGCUCGGCUGUGUGUGAGGAGGAGCCUCAGAGCCCCACACUGAAGGGGGACGACAUCCAGGCCCUCACCAUCAGACAGGAGGACCUGGAGAAGCUUCGAAUUCCCCAGCCCCCUAAGGACUCUCAGAAGCCUCCAGCGAUGACACGCGUGCUGGUCAGGAAGACCCGCCCACCAGACCAGACCAGGAAGGGAAUAGCCGUUUCUGUGGCGAGGCCCCUCCCACAUAGCGCCAUCCCCCAACCACUGGAGUACACAGGGCCCGGUGGACCUCGCUUUGACUCUGAGGGCAUGAUCAUACCCCAUAGCAUCCUGGGAAGGCUGGAGGACUUCAGGAGAGACAUGGAGGCCAGGGGAGAGAUUGAGCUUGCCAGUCGUGUGCCUGUCCCUCAGAACGAGCUCUCCCAAUUGGCCCGGGAGCAGAGGGACGGGUCCGAGCCCAGGCUCCGGCCCUGUGAUGGUGACGACUUCCAGAGCAACGCCCUCCAGCACUGGGACGACUGCAUGGCAGAGAGGCGGCGACAGCAGUACCUCAUCUCCAGGCUGCUGCAGAGGCCAGCAGAGCAGCUGCUGAUGAACCAGUCCAACCUGUACAGGCAGACCCAGGAGCAGAGGGAGCUGAUCAGUAAAGGCCUGCCAGCACUGCACACAGGGCAUGGUUAUCGUGUGGGCAGUGAGUACUGGAGUCUGCCUCAGCGCUAUGGCGACCAGAUGAGUGGCAUCACCUCCACUCUGACCCAGACGGAGAGAGGAAACCCACCGCCAGUCACACACGUCGCUCAGCCACACACCAUACGACUGCAGUCAGGGAAUGUGACCCCUGAGACCUCUGUGAGUCGUGCGUGGGACAGCAGCCUCUACCUCAAGCAGCGCAGAGAGGAGCUGAAGGACGUGCUGAGAGAGUUGGACUUCAACCAGCCGGAGAUCGAUGGUUUGGAGGUCAUGGGCUCCGGUCGUCCCUUCACCUCCGUGACUGUGAAGCGCUCGUCCCUGCUGGGUGGAAAAGAGGGGGAUGAGGAGGAUGAGAGGAGAGAGGGAGAUCUCAAGGAGAAUGAGGACCCCCUGUCUCAGUAUGAUGAUGUGUUGUUGGAUGCUGUGCUGGUUCCUGCACUACGCUUCUGUGGGGAGCCUGCACACUGGACUGGAAGACAAUCCUCACACAAGGGUGAGGUGGGCAUCAGUGCCUGUGUGACGUUUGAGGCGGUGACGGGGGAGAGUGUGAACUCUCACAUUGAUCUGGAGAACCACGGCAGCACAGCCAUCUACUACAACUGGCAGAAGAUCCCACACACACACAGCUUCAUGGAGGCCCGCGCCGCACACACACACACACAGAGCUUCUACUUCAACACCACGAUGGGUGUGAUCCUGCCAGGGGAGCGGCAGCGUGUGUUGUUCACCUUUAAGAGUGCGCGUGCGGGCAUCCUGGGCGAGGUGUGGCGUCUCAACACACACCCCGUCCUGCUGGGCGGGGCCACCCUGCAGCUCACACUCCGCGGAGUGGCGCUGUACCAGGACACCACGGCACCACAGAGACACGCCUUGCAGGGACACUUCGACACGAGGAGACGGGAUCAAACUAGCAGCCCUCCGAUUGCUGAACGACUCCUCUACCUCCUGAACCACUAUCGGCCCAAAGUCAACCGCUAG